GCAAGUAGUUUGUCUGUAGUGAACUAAUGUGACUCAGUUGACAAAAACUCUGUUUGGGAAAACUCCUUCAAGGUGGCACAGCCACUGUUUAUUUUGAAGAAGAUGGAUAUUGUUUCCCAUUUCACGCCGUAGGUUUUACAAAUAAAGUUAUUCUAUUUGUGUUGGAGAAAUGGGCCAUUACUACUUCUGUGCGUGUUUCAUCUGUUGCUUGUCUGAAGAGGAGAGGAUCGCUAUCGACAUAAAUAAUGAAAUCAAACGAAUCCUUGCAGAGCAGAAGAAAAAACAACGGAGAGAAAUCAAGGUGCUUUUAUUAGGCACAGGGGAAAGCGGAAAGACAACGUUUAUGAAGCAGAUGAAAAUCAUUCAUGGAAGCGGAUACUCGGAAGAUGAGAGGCGUAGCUACACUAAACUGGUUUUUCAGAAUAUCUUCAAAUCUAUGUGUGCAAUGACAGAUGCCAUGAAAACGCUAAGGAUUCCCUACGCCAACCCACAGAACGAGAUUUAUGCCCAGUGGUUCCAGGAUAUGGACAUACAUCAGAUAACUCAGCUGCAGAGAAGUCAUGUAGAGGCUAUUAAUCAUCUGUGGGCAGACAAAGGCUUAAAGAUUUGUUACAGUCGGCGCAGAGAGUAUCAGCUUCUAGACUCAACUAAAUACUUUAUUGAUAACUUGGACCGCAUCGCAGCUCAAGGCUACAUCCCUUCACCUCAAGAUGUUCUACAAGUCCGAUUCCCCACUACCGGCAUCAUAGACCAUUGCUUUACUUUGGAGAAGAUAACUCUCAGGAUUGUAGAUGUUGGAGGUCAGAGAGGACAGAGAAGGAAGUGGAUUCAUUGCUUUGAAAAUGUAAUGUCACUCAUAUUUCUCGCCUCCCUCAGCGAGUACGACCAACUUCUGGAGGAGAAUAACAAGGAUAACCGUAUGGAAGAGAGUUUGUCACUGUUCUACACGACCAUCCACUCAACAUGGUUUGCUAAUUCCUCCAUCAUUCUCUUCUUAAACAAAAAGGACAUCCUGGCCGAGAAAAUUCAGUUCUCAGACCUAAGAACAUACUUUCCUGGAUUUAACGGAAAACGUCGGGACAUUCAAGAUGCCAUGAAGUUCAUCAAAAAUUUAUAUAUACAAAAAGCAGUUUCCUUUGAGACAAACAACUCCAAAUGCAUAUACUGUCACUUCACCUGCGCCACAGACACCAAAAACAUCCGGACAGUCUUCACAGACGUGAAAGACACCGUCCUCGUCAAGGCCUUAGAAGACUUUGGAAUGUUCUAAUGAGCCCCAGACGCACCUUCAUGGCACUCGGCAUCAGACUGUAUUGACCCCAAUGCCAAUCCAUGUACAUUCAGAAACACUAAUAUUUUAUGGAGACACAUUCGCAUUAUUUAUAACUGACCAUUUGGGUUAGUUUUCAUGUUCAUAAUAACUAACCUAUAUUUACAUGUGAAAAAUUUACAUUUUAUAUUUUAAAUUGACAAAUUUACACCCAGUAAAAAUCAUUGCACUGUGACAUCAGUUUUUAUAAUUAAAACCAUGGCUCAGAAAACCGUUUUGGUCUUGCAUCAAGUUGUUAUUUAAUGCAAUUAAAUUCAGAUUUUGGUGUGACUUUAACAUCUCAAAUUAACUACUAAAUUAAGCUUCCCCUUAAAAAUAUAAAGCCAUUCUUAUUUAGCUAUACUGUACAAUUCAACAUAAAAUUAAGUAGUAACUUUGUAACUGUGAAUUUCUCACUAAGACCAAGAGGGAAGAUAGGUAUACCACAAAAAGAGAACUGUGGUGUUACAGAUGCAUCCUGAGACAGACCUGUCAAGUGAAGUGUCAUUGUUUGUCAGACGGUGUCUUCAUACAGCAAAAUAGGAUGCCACAAACAGUAGCACUGGCCAACUGAUGACUGAGCCAUUGUUCACUACACUGUGUAGUAGUGUGUCAGAAUUCAUCUCAGCUGUGGUUUUACUAUACAUUUUUUGUUAUAUCAAGUACCAACAACAAAGAAAUAUUGUAUAAGGUUGAUAGUAAUAAUAACAGACCUUGAGUCUGUUGUAAACAUUUAAAUAAUGAAGAAAUUACAACCCCUCCUCAACUGUUCUAUGUAGUGUACUACAUUUGCCAUGUUGUCUUGGUCAUGGGACCUACCAGCUUUAGUCGCUUUGUUUCACUGCUACGCACAAAUCCUUUCCUGUGGCCUCAUGGGAUAGUAAAGUGUCCACUGGAUGCACUCUUCAGAAUCUUCGACAGAGGAAGUAGGUCCUUCAGGUACUUUUCGUCUGCUGUUUCGUGAAUACUAUAAAUUCGGACAUACUAGCAUUUUCACAUGCUGUUUUUCACCUAUGUAAAGAAGUAUGCGUAUUCAGACGCCCCCUCCUAAAAACCUAUAUAGAAUGCACUUUUUUAGGGGACUGCCAUUUGUAGUGGUGUCCGACACCAUGGGCCUGUCCCAGUCCAGUCCCCACUCCUGUGGUCUUUGCACUUGACACUAGUCUAAUUACAUUAUGUAUUUCAAAAAUUUGGCCCAAGUGUUGCAAGUGCACAUUAAGACAAGUGUGGAUACAACUUUUGAUUACCCGAUGGGACACUCUUACAAUAGUGUUGU